AGAGUAAGUCACCGAGCAUGACGCGCCGGCGCGCCUUUACGCAGGCAGGAUGUCCACAGUUUGCGAAUAAUUACACCAACCAGCAAUAUUUCGGAGAGAAAAUAACUAUGUUUUAGUGCUUUCCUGUUGUCAUAUUUUGGAUACAAACACAGGCCUGCAAAGUGGAAGUGGGUUGAGAGAAGAGAAGCCACGUUCUUCAGAGAAGCAGCGAUGGAGGAAGAGCGGGACUUGAACAGCACGGAUAGCAGCGAGGGAGAGAGCGUCUCCCCCUCUCCCAGUUUGCCCUCGCCGCCCCUACUGCCUCUGCAGGUCGCCCAGCAGGCCCACAGAACCACCAACUUUUUCAUCGACAACAUUUUGCGGCCGGACUUCGGCUGCAAGAAGGAGCACGGCCUGGGCCCGCGGGAGAGGGCGCAGACCUCCGGCCGGGAACGCGUCCACCCAGUAGUCAGCAGGCCGAGCCUUCCCGGGACGCCGUGCCAGGACUCCAAUUGCAGCAGUGACAGCUCGUCGUCGUCCUCCGCCUCCUCUACCUCUUUGGCGAGUCCCCAAAAGAGUAACGGCAGCGGCGGAGGAAUCGCAGCCGCCUCCACCGGGAGCAGCGGCAUGAAAGCCGAGGAAAGAACUGGCGGCGGGGCCGGGGAAAACACGUCCUCCUCGCUGGUGGUGCUCAACGGCACCGGGGCGGCAACGCCGGAGAGCCAGCCGCUGCUCUGGCCUGCCUGGGUCUACUGCACCCGGUACUCGGACAGGCCCUCAUCUGGCCCAAGGACACGGAAACUGAAAAAGUCGAAAAGCGGCAAAGAGGACAAGCGGCCGCGCACGGCCUUCACGGCCGAGCAGCUGCAGAGACUCAAGACGGAGUUCCAGGUGAACCGCUACAUCACGGAGCAGCGGCGGCAGUCCCUGGCCCAGGAGCUCAACCUCAACGAGUCCCAGAUCAAGAUCUGGUUCCAGAACAAGCGGGCUAAGAUCAAAAAGGCCAGCGGCUUCAAGAACGGGCUGGCGCUGCAGCUGAUGGCGCAGGGACUGUACAACCAUUCCACCACCACCAUCCAGGAGGACAAGGAGGACAGCGACUGA